AUGACAGUGUGCAAAUUCUAUUCGCAAGGCAACUGCCGAUUCGGGGACAAUUGCAAAUUUGAACAUCCUGGCAGCCAGCGAGAUGGCAAUCGAGGUGGUGGCGGAGGUUUCGGCGGUCGCUCGAACAACAACGGUAACAACCGCUUUGGCGCUCUUGGCGGCGACAGCUACCGUCCCAACCAAAACUCGGGUGGACCGUUUGGAGCCACGCGUGAUAGCAAGUCUCUACCCUACCACCUAGACAUCGCGGACAUCAAAGCAGAUCUAUCUGGACAGCGGCCGAUCUACCCACUGUCGUGCUACGGUCCUGGCCGUGAUGCUCCACGGCAGCUCAUUGAAGGUCCAGUCGAGAUCAGCCCAGAAGAGCUCCGCGUGCGGUACUACACUGCACGAGCUGCAGGGCAGGAAAAUGUUGCACAACAAGAAGAGGCCGAACUCCAUGCAAAAAUGCAGCAGCAGGUCAAAGCAAUCACGGAUGACGUGGAGGGUGCCGUUCGAUAUAUUGAGGAAGGUGCCAACGUGCAUCCAAAUAGACUGGACAUGAUCAAAGGAGCUGCCGCACAGCCAGGCUCAGGCUCGAGUCCAUUCGCACAAGUAUCCAACAAUUCAUUGUCCUCAGGACCAGCGACACAAGGAUCAUCUUUCGGGCAGCCAUCAAGACCAGGCUUUGGCCAGCCAGCCUUUGGUCAGGCUUCCAAUCCUGCUCAGACCACAUCAGCUUUCGGGCAACCAUCGAACUCCGGACAGACCACAUCAGCAUUCGGCGCAUCCUCAGCACUAGGCCAGAAGCCAUCGCCCUUUGGCCAACCCUCAACACUAGGAGGUGGAAGCUCUUUCGGCAAGCCUGCUUUUGGUGCUUCAGGCUUUGGUCAGACAGCUGCGCCAGUCGCUGGGAGCGCUUUUGGGCAGCCCAUCGGUCUUGGUGCGCAAACACAGUCACCAUUUGGACAGGCUGUCGGAGCCAACAAGCCGGCAUUUGGGCAAGCAUCAGCUCCCGGUGGAACACCUGCUUUCGGACAGGCUUCUGCACCAACUCAAGGGUCCGCUUUUGGUCAGGCCAGCGGUCCAGGGCAACCACAGCAAUUGAGUGCGUUUGGCAAGCCUGCAUUUGGGCAGAGUCCAUUUGGGCAAGCAGCGCAACCUGGUGCAAAUCAGUCACCAUUCGGCCAGCAGCCACAGGCCAACCAGUCACCCUUCGGUCAACAGCCUGCGCCAAACGCACCGUCUCCGUUCGGUCAGGUGGCCUCAAAAGCCCAACAGCCAAAUAGUUUCGGCCAACCACAGUCUCAACCAGGGGCGGCACAAUCCAACCCCUUUGGCGGCGCUGCAGGAUCAGCAGCAGCUCCUGCCUUUGGCAAGCCGAGCGCGCUUGCCUUUGGAGCACCUAGUCUUGGUGGCCAGCAAGCGCCAGCUCCGAGCACACAACCACAGAACCCAUUCGGUCAGGCAGCGCAACCUGCCCAAGCUCCUGCGGCGAACCAGUCGCCUUUCGGCGGUCAGACUCAAGCAGCUCCAGCAAUGGCGCAAGCACAGUCCCAGCCAGCGCAGGCAUCCGGGCCAAUUGAUCCCAAGGACAGUUACAAAGAAGGAAGCCCAGCAGAGUACGAGGGCGAAACAGGCAGGCUGCUUGAGGAGAUCUACAGGAGAGUUGGGCAGAUGGGUCGUUUUAACGAUGAUGAGGAUAUACCUCUCACUCCCCCGAAGUGUGAAUGGAUCGUACCCGUCGCGAUCUGA